AUGGAGAAGGGGAUAGAGAACAAGGAGAAGGGUGUGAAGAUGAAGGGUCUGAAGAGUAAGAAGGGUGUGGAGAAGAUGGAAAGGGGUCUGGAGAACAAGGAAAAGGGUUUGGAGAAGAUGGAGAAGAGGAUGGGAAAAAUGGAGAAGGGUCAGGAGAAUAGAGAGAAGGUCUGGAGAACCCUGGAGAUCGAUGAUGAGGAUGACCAGUAUGAACUGGUGGAUUUUUUCCUGAAGUACAAAGCCCAGGAGGUGGCUCUUGGCCAGAGCUGGGGCAGCAGAGGUGGAGAAGAUCUCACGUAUCCAGGUGGGAACAGGGAGGACGAUGGAUUUGGUGGCCACAGGGUCAAGCUCAAAGCCUCUCAGAGCUCCCAGGGCUCCCUUCCAGCUGUGGCCAUCCAGCCUGAUGAUGUCCUGAAGAUCCUGAAGGUUUUUGUGCAGGAUUUCAGCAAGCUGAGGUCCCUCAGGUUGAAGGAUGGAGCAGGGAAGGAGAUGCUGCAGGUACGGGACAGCUCGAAGGAUGGGGAAUACUGGGAAUCCCUGGCACAGGUGAUCCCUGAGGCCACCUUGAAGCUGUGGGAUGCACUGGCAGUGGCACUGGAGGAAUAUUACAAGGUCCUGACGUGCAGGGCCAACCUGUUGGCCGAGGUGGCCACCUUGGACCAGCAGAACACAGAGCUGUGCCUGCUGCUGGAGGAGUACCUCAACUCUGGGGUCAACAGUUCCCUGAUCUGUCCUCCCAUGCAAUGGAUGGACCUUGACCUCUCCUGCCCCAAGCCAAAAAUGGGGCAGGAGCUUUAGGGAAGGGAUCAAUAACUCCGGGGAUCAAUAACUCCAGGGG